AUGGGGAAGCUUGGGAAGAAAGCUCGUAAGUUUGCCAAGAAGAAUCUCCCUUCCGUGCUUAAACAAAGAAGAAAAAACAAGAUUGUUUUCAAGAAAAGACCUUCAAAAAAAGAUAAACAAGAUGUUGCUGAAAAAGUAGUGAAAACAGCAGAGGUGUCUAAUGGAAGGGACACUGAAAGUGAAGUCACCAUGACUACUUCUCUUGAUGCUUUAUUUGCUGAGAAUGACAGUUUUAUGGUUUCAGAUGAUUCUGACAGUGAUGGAUAUCUUUCAGAGGACCCAAGCAGUGAAAAUAUCACAGGAAAUGACAAUGAUGUUACUUUAAAAGAUGACAGGGAUAAACAUACCUUAUCUAUUCAGAAUCAAAAGAUCUAUGAAGAACUUACUGAACAGAAGAAAUCAUUGGACAAAUUAAAGAAAAAAGAUCCAAAGUUUAUAAAGUUUUUAGAAAGCUACAACAAGGACAAGAUAUCAAAAACUCAGGACAUGUAUUCCGAUGAAGAUGAGAUCGGUGAAGAUCCAACAGGGUUGGAUGAUGAUGAUGAUUCUGCUACAACCAAACACAAACUGUUGACAUGUUCAUUAAUCAAUUCAUGGAGUACAUCAGUUAAAGAAGAUCACAGUGACUCAGCUUUGACUAAUCUUGUAAAUGCAUAUCGAGCUGCAUGCCACCUUGGACAUGAAGAAACCGAAUUUAUAAUUCAAGACAAUGAGACCUUCUGUAACAUAUAUACAUUCAUGCUUUCUGAAGCUGAUAAUAUAUUCAGGGGUUUGUUAAAGAUUCCUUCUGCCAAUCGCAAAAAAGAUAGCAUAUUGGAGCUAAAGAAUACCCCUAGGUGGAAAAAAGUCAAACCAAUGGUCAAGUCUUAUUUGAGGAGUACAUUAUUUCUUCUGAAACAAGUCACCGAUUUGGAUAUUUUGGCUUUCUCAAUUACUCGAUUGAGAGCCUCUAUUAUAUUUUUCGCUGCUUUUCCAUCUUUGCUGAACAGGGUUAUUCAGAUUGUAGUACCUUUAUGGGCAACAGGAGGGGGGACACUUUCUGCUACUUCUUUCCUUGUGAUACAAGAUGUGGUUUCUGUGUUUGGGUCUAAUUACUUUGACACAUGUUUUAUCAAAACAUACAAUGCUUAUAUUGCUAGAUGCAGGAGUAUGGAAACUGUUGAUGCUAAACAUAUUGAGUUUUUGAGGGACUCUUUUGUCAAUUUAUGUUCUCUUGAUGUUGAAAAGUCUUGUAACAAGGCACUUGUUUCAAUUCAGCAACUUGCUUAUAUCUUACGACACACAAAGCAGAAGGAGAAUAAGGAAGCAAUCAAGAAGAUAUACAGCUGGCAAUAUGCUCAAUGCAUUGACAUUUGGGUUCUUUUCAUUUCAACAAAUGGAAAUGAAUCUGAUAUUCAGCCAUUGUUGCAGAUGAUAAUAGAGCUUAUAAAUGGAAUAUCCAACCUCUUUCCUGGAUCAAGAUAUAUUCCUUUGAGGACAAGAUGCAUUCAGUGGUUAAACAAACUCUCAAAUUCUUGUGGGAUUUUUAUCCCUGUUGCUUCAUUGAUCUUGGACAUGCUUGAAUAUAAAGUCACCAAAGAGGGUAGUAAAUCAAGAAAAUCGGUUAAGUUAGCAUCAAAUUUAAAGCUCCCGAAAUUUUGGUUGAAAUCACAAAACUUCUUGGAGCAAUGUGUUUAUACAGCUGUUGAACUGCUUUCAGCUCACUUUCUUCAAUGGAGUUUUCAUAUUUCUUUUCCUGAAUUAGCAACAAUUCCACUCAUCAGAUUAAAAAAGUUUUAUGAGAGAACUACAGUUGAAAGUUUGAGACGUGUAGUGAAGCGUCUUAUGGAUCAGGUGGAACAGAAUGUUGAGUUUGUGCAGAAGAAAAGGGAUGACGUGGCUUUUUCACCAAAAGACCAUGAGUCUGUUGAUCUGUUUUUGCAGUUUGAAAAAGCCUUGAAUACCCCAUUUACACAGUACUAUAAAAGCGUCGUAGAAAAGGCUGCUUCAAAGAUGUCUACAAGUCCUGUGGAGCCAAAAAGAAUGAAUGUGAAGCGAAAGAAAACAGAAACAACAGCAAAUGGAAGUCUGAAAGAAGCUGAUGCUAAUGCUAAUGUUGAUUCAAAGGGGAAGAAAAGAAGAGUUGUGCUACAAGUAGAAGGAUGAUGAGGGCCCACUUUUUUUUUUUUUUUUUUGCAUUUUAAUUUAUA